AUGCCGCGCGCUCCGGUUGUUGGCAUCGCAUUAGGAUCCGCGCACUUAUGUGUGGCCGAACACCAGGAUCAAGAAAACGGGAAAACAGUCUUUGGUGUCAUGCGGUUGCUCGGGCGCAACUGGGAUGAUCCUGAAUUGCAGAGCGCCAUAAGGUACUGGCCCUUCCACCUACCCAAUGACGAUAACGACCCCAAAGUCAGUGUGACCCACAACGGAAGGACCGAGGAACUCUUUCCCGAAGAGAUUAUCGCGACCAAAGACGAGCGCAACGUAGUCGUCUUCAGUCUAGGCGCCGGCGCUUGUAGUGUUCCUGUUAUUACCAUUGAAUUCGACAUUGUUGAAGUUAAGUCCAGCGCUGGAGACAAUCACCUGGGCGGCUUUGAGAUAGAUAAUGAUUCCCUUCAAGACAAUAACGGCUUCUUCAGUAGCAUUUCCCGUGUGCGCCUUGAGGAGCUGAAUGCUGACUUGUUCCAGAAAGCGUUAAAUCUUGUUGAGAGAGCGUUAAAAGACGCUAAAAUGGAUCGGAGUGAAGUCCAUGACAUUGUCCUAGUUGGUGGCUCAACUCGUAUACCAAAAAUCCAAGAACUGCUUCAGGAGUUUUUUCAUGGGAAACCUCUGAACCACUCUCUCAACCCGGAAGAGGCCCCUGCAUACGGCGCAGGGAUUUUAUCCGCUAUCUUGUGUGGAAAGAAAACACCAGCUUGUUUGCAAGACAUCUUGUUAAGGGACACGGUACCGUUUUCCCUCGGCAUCGAAACGAACAGCGGAGAGGUGGAAACCAUCAUCCGGAAACACACAACUAUCCCCACCAAGAUGACCCCCCCCCCGCAGCAAGUUGCCCUGCAAUGCGGGGAUGACGGCACUAAGGGUUUACGAGGGUGA